UAGAUUGCUUAUGGGCGCACAGGGAUUCAGGACUGAUAACGCCUUUGACGCCUCCCUCGGGUACAACCUAGUCAUCUACAAUGCUGCUGACCAGACCCUUUCUUCUCUCCUCUCCCCCUUUGGGUUGUAGGGCCCGAACGGAGGAUUGUCCUGGUAGGCAAAAGCGGCAACAGGAAAAGCGCGAUGGGAAACACAAUCUUGGGAAGCCAAGUCUUUGAAUCCAAGAUUGCUUUCGGUUCUGUCAUCAAAAGUUGCCACAGGGAGGAGACCCUGCUGAACGGCAGGAAGGUGGUGGUCGUGGAUACGCCUGGAUUCGUCAACACCGGGUGUCCUAAGCUAGAAACGUCCACCGAAGUGAGCAAGUGCGUGACAUUUUGCUCCCCGGGUCUGCAUGUCAUUCUGCAGGUGAUAAGUAUCGGCCGUUUUACCCAGGAGGAGAAGGAUGUGGCUCAGUUGAUCAGUAAGACCUUCAGCCUGAAGGCCAAGAAUUACAUCAUCCUCUUGUUCACCCAGGAGGAGGACCUGGAGGGGACCUCGCUCGAGAGGUUCAUGCGGGAGGAACCCUCUCUUUGGGCUCAGGCAUCCCAGUGCGGCUUCCGCUACCUGGCUUUCAACAACAAGGCCCCAGGAGAAGAACGAGAAGCUCAGGUGGUCCAACUGAUGACCAUGAUUGAUGAGCUGGUGGAGAAGAACAAAGGUGCUCCUUGCUACACGGAAGACAUGAUGAAGUCGGACCAUGAGACGCUGAUGACAAACUAUUCCUGGUUGUGUUCUCUUUUCUGACGGACACAAGAAGGUCUAAUUGAGACACUGCUCCAUGGGGACAAAACUCCACAAUUUCCUUUUCUCCCUUUCUUUUUUUUGG